CAGCUCCCUGCGGUGCUCGAGCCGAGUCCCCAUGGCCUUGCUGAGCCGAGCCCUGCGUGUGGCCGCCACCUGUCCUCGCCGGAGCCCUGCCCAGGGCCUGGGGCUGCGACUCCUGAGCAGCGGGGCCCGGCCCAGCCCUGAGAAGAGUGUGCCCUACCAGCAGACCCUGAAAGAGGCCCGGGACCCCCGGGCAGGCGCCCAGGGCCCAAGCCGGCCCCUGCCCAGCACAGCCAAUGUGGUGGUCAUCGGCGGGGGCAGCUUGGGCUGCCAGACCCUCUACCACCUGGCCAAGCUGGGCGUGAGCGGGGCGGUGCUACUGGAACGGGAGCGGCUGACCUCCGGGACCACCUGGCACACGGCAGGCCUGCUGUGGCAGCUGCGGCCUAGCGACGUGGAGGUGGAGCUUCUGGCCCACACGAGGCGCGUGGUGAGCCGCGACCUGGGGGAGGAGACGGGUCUGCACACGGGCUGGAUCCAGAACGGGGGCCUGUUCAUCGCGUCCAACCGGCAGCGUCUGGAUGAGUACAAGAGGCUCAUGUCGUUGGGCAAGGCCUAUGGUGUGGAGUCCCACGUGCUGAGCCCGGCAGAGACCAAGGCACUGUAUCCGCUGAUGAAUGUGGAUGACCUCUACGGGACCCUGUACGUGCCUCAUGAUGGCACCAUGGACCCCGCCGGCACCUGUACCGCCCUCACCAGGGCCGCCACUGCCCGCGGAGCACAGGUCAUCGAGAACUGCCCGGUGACCGGCAUCAGUGUGCGGACGGAUGAUUUUGGGGUGCGGCGGGUCGAGGCUGUGGAGACAGAGCACGGCUCCAUCCAGACGCCCUGCGUGGUCAAUUGUGCAGGAGUGUGGGCAGGCGCCGUGGGCCGGAUGGCUGGCGUCAAGGUCCCGCUGGUGGCCAUGCACCAUGCCUACGUCGUCACCGAGCGCAUUGAAGGGAUCCAGAACAUGCCCAACGUCCGCGACCACGACGCCUCCAUCUACCUCCGCCUCCAAGGGGACGCCUUGUCCGUGGGCGGCUACGAGACCAACCCCAUCUUCUGGGAGGAGGUGUCGGACAAGUUUGCCUUUGGCCUCUUCGACCUGGACUGGGAUGUGUUCACCCAGCACAUUGAAGGUGCCGUCAACCGGGUCCCCGUGCUGGAGAAAACGGGGAUUAAGUCCACAGUCUGCGGCCCAGAGUCAUUCACACCGGACCACAAGCCCCUGAUGGGGGAGGCACCCGAGCUCCGUGGGUUCUUCCUGGGCUGCGGCUUCAACAGUGCAGGAAUGAUGCUGGGAGGUGGCUGUGGGCAGGAGCUGGCCCACUGGAUCAUCCACGGGCGCCCGGAGAAGGACAUGCACAGCUACGACAUCAGGCGCUUCCAUCACUCGCUCACGGACCACGGCCGCUGGAUUCGAGAGCGCAGCCACGAGUCCUACUCCAAGAAUUACUCGGUCGUCUUCCCCCACGACGAGCCCCUGGCUGGACGCAACAUGAGGACGGACCCCCUGCACGAGGAACUCCUCGCACGAGGCUGUGUGUUCCAGGAGCGGCACGGCUGGGAGAGGCCGGGAUGGUUCAGUCCCCACGGCGCGGCUCCGGUGCUCCCUUACGACUACUACGGGGCCUACAGGCAGCGGGCGCACGAGGACUACCUCUACGGCAGGCUGCUGGGCCAGGAGUACACCUUCGACUUCCCUCCCCACCACGACGUGAUCAGGAAGGAGUGUCUGGCCUGCAGAGGGGCCGCUGCUGUGUUUGACAUGUCCUACUUCGGGAAGUUCUACCUGGUGGGCCUGGACGCGAGGAAGGCCGCCGACUGGCUCUUCUCGGCCGAUGUCAGCCGGGCCCCAGGCUCCACGGUGUACACCUGCAUGCUGAACCACCGCGGGGGCACCGAGAGCGACCUGACCGUCAGCCGCCUUGCCCCCAGCCCCCAGCCCUCCCCGCUGGCCCCUGCCUUUGAAGGGGACGGCUACUACCUGGCCGUGGGCGGGGCUGUGGCCCAGCACAACUGGUCCCACAUCACCACGGUGCUGCAGGACCGGAGGUUCCGGUGCCAGCUUGUCGACAGCUCCGAGGACCUGGGCCUGAUCAGCGUCCAGGGCCCAGCCAGCCGGGCCAUUCUCCAGGAAGUGCUCGAUGCAGACCUGAGCAAUGAGGCCUUCCCGCUGUUCACUCACAAGCUGGUGAGAGCCGCCGGGCACCUGGUCCGGGCCAUGAGGCUGUCCUUCGUUGGGGAGCUGGGCUGGGAGCUGCACAUCCCGAGGUCGUCCUGCCUGCCCGUGUACCAGGCUGUGAUGGCAGCAGGGGCCAAGCACGGCCUCGUCAAUGCCGGGUACCGGGCCAUCGACUCCCUGAGCAUCGAGAAAGGCUACCGGCACUGGCACGCCGACCUGCGGCCCGAUGACAGCCCCCUGGAGGCGGGUUUGGCCUUCGCCUGCAAACUCAAGUCCGCCAUCCCCUUCCUGGGGCGCGAGGCCCUGGAGAAGCAGCGGGCCAAGGGCCUCUGCCGGCGCCUGGUGGGCUUCACCGUGGACGAGAAAGUGCCCAUGUUCGGCCUGGAGGCCAUCUGGAGAAACGACCAGGUGGUGGGCCACGUCCGGAGAGCCGACUUUGGGUUCACUAUCGACAAGACCCUGGCCUACGGCUACAUCCGGGACCCCAGCGGCGGGCCGGUCUCGCUGGACUUUGUGAAGAGUGGAGAGUACGCCCUGGAGAGGAUGGGGGUGACCUACCCGGCCCAGGCUCACCUCAAGUCUCCCUUCGAUCCCGACAACAAGAGGAUGAAAGGGAUCUACUGAGGGGCGGGGAGCGGGGCCUCAGCCAAUCCGGAGGCCGGAGGACCCUGGCCAGAACUUGGGCUCCCCCUGCCCUCAGUCGAGGCCUGCGAACCAUCCCCCCCCAAACAGAUGCAAACUGAGAGGGUGGAAAGAGGACCCAGAAGGCCCGUGCUGUGGUCACUGACCAAAGGGUGGUCUCGAGUCCACCCACACCCUAAAAAAGCCACCCAUACCCCUUAGGCUCAGGGACCACGCCUGUAGCCCUUGAGAGCUUCUGAGAAGCGCUUAGGAAGCACUCGAUAAGGCCCGUGUCAAAGCAGGGAGGCAGGGAGCUUUACCCUGGGUUCCUAGCCUUGACUGGAAGGCUGCCCAGAGCAGCCUCGGAGAGGUGUAAGGUGUGUCUGGAACUGGCGAUUGAUUAGUACUGUCUGCCUCAGGCGCAGUAGGGAAGGCAGAGAGCGUGCGUGCCAGACUGGCCCGGUCCCUGAGGUCAAGGUUAGCAGAAUGGUCUGGUUCCCAGAUCCCAGGAAGGGUGGGGGGUGGAUCAGACAGCAAGCGCUUCCUGCCUUGAGCCUCCUGAGAGUUCCCAGCCCUGAAGGCGGUGCCAGAAGCAGGGGUGGGAGGGGUCUCAGAUCAGCACCCGCCCUCCCCUGUGCAGAAGCUCCCUCUCCUGGCUUGGUUUCCCCGAGAGCCCCUCGCUCUCUAGGUCUGGAGAGGAAGGCAUGCUGCUGGGUGAGAACCUGGCAGACUCCUCCUGCCUGGGUGGGUGCCUCCUGUCCUUACUCUUUGAUUAGGACUGAGCUCUGGUCCUGGUCUCCCACUCUUCCGGCCCCCUGGGGAUGGGCCCCGCACAGGCCCUUGAAAGGGGGUGAGUCCCCUGCUCCCUUCGUGGGGCUUCCAGACCUGUCCUCUGUGCCUCAGGAGGAGCCCUGCCUCCCUGCCGGGAUGGGGGCCAGCCCAGGGCCCAGGCAGCUGCCACAAAGUGGCACCACGCGGCUGUGCCCCAGCGAGCCCGGCCCCGUGGGGAGCAGGCGUGGCAGGUGCUCGGGGACAGGAGAGACACGGCUCCCGCAGACACAGGCGGGAAGCCACGCGGUGCCGGAGGUGCAGGCAGUCCCCGGAGGGCCCAGGCUGCCUUCAGAGGCGCACACACCACUCAGCCCCACUGCAGACGGGGCCGGAACAGGUCAGGCUAAUAAAGCCAAGGCCAUGGGAAGACGUUUGGGUUUCGGGUGACCUUUGUAGAGAGAAUCUGGCCCCCUCGCCAGACCGCAUGCUGGGGGGCGGGGACCUCUGUCUUUCCCAAGCCUCAGGCAAAGGAACGCCUGCAGCCCCCCCAACCCUGCUCACAGACGGGCCUGGGGAACCCCGAGUGGACCCCGUAGGGCCAGCGGAGGAGAGGAGGGUA